CUCAACCCUUCUUCCUAUCUUCUCCUACCCUUUCCCAACCCUUUUACUUCGUAUUCCAACACGCGACAGUCUUGGUUCAUGAGAAACAUUCUCGUGGCCGUGAAAAUCAAAGUGUCACGACAUUCGUUAGUCGAAGAAUCGAGUUAAGAUGUCUUGUAUCGUAUCGUAUCGUAUCGUAUCGUAUCGUUGCGUGGACCGUUCGCGGGUCGUGUUAAAUUUAUCGUGAGUUGUAGUUGGUGGAAGAAGUGAAGGAUAGAAAGUGGAUGAAUGGAGGGUGGGUUCGUCACAGUCCUUCCGUCCUGUCUUCGUUGCUCGCCUUGCUCCCUCGAAGAGCCCCCAAGCAUCGCGCAACCCCCGUAUUUCUCGGUGCUAAACGCAACUACACGAGGGACCUUUCUGCCGUCUUUGUUUUCCCUUUCUUCCCAGUGUCGUUUUGCAGUCUCGCGCGGGGAGGUCGUUGAACGACGGAAGCAGGAAAGACUCGACGAGGAAACGGCCGGAAAAAAAGACAAUCGAACGAGAGGCGUGGAAGGAAGCCGAAAGGCAACCUCGUUAUCGGUGUACCGGCCGACCGCAACGUGGAAACGAUCCAGCCGACCCGCGCAGUAAUUACAGACCAGGGAACGAGUUUCUUUUUAUUUCGUUUCUUCAUUUCGGGACCUGGAAACCGCGCUUGGCAAUCGUGUGGUGUUUUGGAUAAGCGUUCGCUGUCGCUCUGAUCUACGGGACUCUUAAGUAAAGAACUCGAACCUCUAUGGACGACUUUGAAAUAAGCAACAGAGUGAUAUUACAUGCAAGUGUUAUUAUGGAAAGUUGCAACGCGAGCAGGUGACAUUAUGAAAACAUUAGAACGUCGAAGAUGGUAAUGUGCAGUUAAAGAGCCGUCAGUUUCCACAAAAAUGAAUCCUUUUAACAAUAUCAAAGACAGGAAUUACUCUCAGUGCGAAUUCAAUGGUGUGGAUCCUAUAAAUCGAGACACGCGGAAACAGACGAAGCUUCGAUUAAAUAUGACCUCGUGACUAAUCAUCGUCUAUUAUGACCAAGUAAAUUCGAAUUUCGCUGAGAGGAGAGGCCGUUGGAAAGCGAAAGAAAUUCUGUGUGUUCGUCGGAGGGAAUUUUUCGAGGCCAAAGGGAUUUCUCCACUGUUCUACGAAACGCGUGACAAACGGUGAAACAGAGGAGAGGAAAAGAGAAGCAACGGGUGUUGUCAUCGGGUAGUCGCGAUCAGCAGGAGUAUAGCAUCAGGAUCGUGGAAGAGGGUGCAGCAGGAGAGAGAGAUUUUUCCCCACCGCUUGGAAAAACCAACCCCCACCAGUCGCUUAGUACGGCCAGGCGGUGGUGGCGGCGGCGUGGAAGAGAGGCACGGAGGGGUAGGUUAGCCAGGGUGGUCUCGGUGGUGGCUGGGGGCGGCAGCCUCAAAAAUACACCGCAACCACACCGCGCGGCUCCACCGCAGAAGCCGCCAUCUUCCACCGCCGAACCGAAACGAGACCGCGCGAGUUAAACACCCUAUCCUACUUCCCCGUGGAAGUUGCCGCUGCCACCCGCCGAAGUACCAGCCACGAAGAACUAUCAUUCGCCUUCUGGUCCCGUGCUUCAUCGCUGACAGCCAACGAAACCGGUGGAAUUUACAAUUUUCCAUCGUCGCGCCAACUGCAACCUCCCUCGUCCAAGAAGCGUUACCGAAGAAACAAUUGAUUAAUCGUCAGCCACGAAGAGGUGUCUCUCGAGAUCUGGUCCUGUGCCUCAUCGCUGAUAGGCAACAGAACCGAAGAAAUUUAUAGUUCUCCCCUGUCACGUCAUUAUGUCUUGAAAAAUGUUAAGAAAGUGUCAUGCUGUUGAGAAAAGGAUCGAAUUAUUAUCGAGACAGCGGAAAUGAUCGUCGGCGAAUACACGGAACAUAUCUAGCGAGACUAAAGAUCUUGAACUGAUUUUAAAUUCGUGACUAUUAUUGUUCGAGGAAACGUGUUGUGUAGUGACUGAUUUGAUGAUCCCUAUGUAUAACAAUGGAUGCCUGAAUCUUUCGUAAAGUCUUCGAAAAGUGGACCCCCGAAUCUUUUGUCGUUUGAAAUAAAAUCUGGUGUAUGGCAGUUAGAAUUCUCCGGAAGAAUAAUGUGCGAACGUGAGGUUUGUGCCGCGAUUCGGCUCGGAGGAUCCCGGGUGCAGAGUUAACACCUGUUAGAUGGUCGGGCAGAAGUGCUGAUGUGACAUGAACGUGGAGUAAUUUCGAUCGACCGCGGAACACUGGAAGCCAGAUUUCAAAGUGAGUGUAUUAUCGUGAAUCGUUGUUAUUCAUUUAUGAACGCGAGUAGCAGAAGAUAGUCAAGGUUGGUUUGACUUCCGUCGAAUCACGUAGUGGGGUGCAUUUCGAUCAAAGAAACGAGGAAACGAGGGGCGACGUCGAUUUCAAUAAAACGAAUUUUCUCCGCGAGUUGGCAAUCGAGACGAGAGGAAGAAUUUGCAAACGGAUGCUCUUGCCUCGGCCCUGUCGCGGGAUAAUGAAAUAAGGAUCAAAGGGUCCUGGGCCACGCGGGGCCGGCCAAGUUGUGCGCGUGCCAUCGAAGGAACCGGAAAUUUAUCUUUAAUCAGCUGCUACCGAAAUAAUGACCGUCAUCGAUCUACUCUAUUAGUCCAAUCUUAAUAAAGAACUUAAUUAUCACUGGAUACAUUGCGCGCACACUUUGAUUAUAAAAGACAAAAAUAGAAAAGAUAAAAGGCUUGGUUUCGUGUCAAAAUAAAGAAGAAAAUAAAGAAAUCCUGUUUUAUUAGUUCAAUUUUACCACAGAACUAAAUUAUCAUUGGAUAUCGUUAGUCGUUGGAUACAUUUUUGACAAUAACAAAUAAAAAUAAAGAAGAUAAACUGUUCAAUUUUUGAUAGAGCGUGCGAUGGAUCGGAGUUAAUAAAGGAAAGGCUGGCCGAUCGAGUAGAAAAAAAUUGAGUCGAAUUCAUCGAGGUUUGUCGGCGAGGAGGAUCUUUCCGGAAAAGAGUCCAAUGAGCCUGUUCUCAUGACGAAUCCUUUACGAGAUGCACGCCCCGAGGAUCGGCCUCUAGGCUUAGAUUAUCCGGAUCCGAGAUUGAUUCGAAACGGUCAUCAGGACCAUCAAGGGAACUCGACGCAUCAGAUCGGUGGCGGGAGAAUUAGAAGAACCAGGACCUCGUCAUCGAGGAGAAGAAUGCACCUGGCCAACGAGGUCCCUCCACAAGGAUCCACUGGUGGAAAUAAUAUACCGGAUUAUGCACUCACCGCGGACCUGCUCGCCGAGAGGACUUUGGAUGGCCUGUUUGCUGAACAUCCUGGAGAACUUGUGCGAACAGGCUCGCCACACGUGGUCUGUACGGUGCUACCGCAACAUUGGCGGUCAAACAAGACACUUCCGGUAGCGUUCAAGGUAGUAGCUCUGGGCGAGGUCGGUGAUGGGACUCUGGUGACAGUGCGUGCCGGAAAUGAUGAAAAUUGCUGCGCGGAAUUGCGAAAUUCCACGGCGGUUAUGAAGAACCAGGUGGCGAAAUUCAACGAUCUUAGGUUCGUCGGUAGAAGCGGAAGAGGGAAGAGCUUCACCUUGACGAUUAUGCUACAAACAUCGCCACCUCAAAUAGCCACUCUGUCGAAGGCGAUCAAGGUCACCGUCGAUGGACCAAGAGAACCCAGGUCAAAGACAAGACACCAGGCCUUUCAUCCCUUCCACUUCGGGCCCAGGCCGUUCCCUUUCGGCCACCCUCAGGAUCCUCUGGGAUUCAAGUUGUCCGGCUUGCAACACCUGGGUCUGGAGCAAGGAGCCAGCCAAGGGUGGGGUGGAUUACCUCGGGGCUCUCUUCCGCCGCACUGUCUUCCGCCGCCUCCCGGUCACCAUUCGCAUACACAUCCUCCGGCAGCUGGUGCGUCGGCCUUCAAUCCCUUCCACCACAGCAUCGAGCAAAGAUCUCCUAGACUUCCUGGACCUAACUCUGAACCGUCCAGGAAUGAUUUGGGUCCAAUCAGCGUGUCCGUCAGGGAGGUGACCCCGACCACGUCACCUGGUAAUCCUGGACCUGGAUUACUCACGACGGCUACUGUUGCGGCACCAACGCCUCCGGCGGAACCUACCACCACCACUACUACGCCAAGCCCCUCUGGACAUCAUUCGCAUUUUCAAGGUCUUCAUCUUCUGGGAGCCACAGGGUCUAUCUUCGGAUCGAUAUUCGCCCCGUUGCUGCCACAAUCCUCCUGGCUCUACAAUCCACUCUACCACACGCAGCAGUACGUCUUAGAGCCGGAAUGGCAUGCUCUAGCGUUAAGAAUGGCCCAGCAACGGCUCCAGAGACCUGACCAGGCGCGAGUGGAAGAAAUGAGGAAACUUCGUGGCAGCAGUAGCAGUCCAGAAUCCGCGUUGAAGGAAGAAAAACGUCGAGACGACGAUCAAGAUGUUCUUCGUAGGUCAGGUCUGGACAGUCCUGACGGAAGCAUAGAAGUGGACGAUAGGAACGAGAAUGAUGCAAACAGAGAUCGCGUGAGGAGCGACGAGUCUCUUCCAGAACAGGAUUCUCCAAGGAUCUCUCCCGUUAGAAGCGACCUGGAAGACACUACUGACGUCACAUUUCAAGAUGCCUCUGUCCACCUAAGACCUAGUAUAGAAAAUUCGAACGAUCAAGAGAUCACGAACGAUGAGAUUCCUCGCAGAGAUCUGAAGAUUCGUCUGGAAGGCACUGUGGAUCUCAGUACAAAGAAAGGACAGGAUAAAGAGAACGUAGGACAAGAUCUUACCACCAGGAAGAAAGAAGACGAUACAGACGUGGAGAGGGAAGGCGUGCGAAGCAGAAGAGAGAGAAGCCCUAAGCCUAGACAAGUCUGGAGACCGUAUUAAACGAGGAUAUUCUUCAUUCGAUAGAUAAAUAUCGAAAUUUUACGUGAUGGUCUUGUUGUAAAUUUCAACCAGAUCUGCCUCGAUUAAUUUAGGGUCUGUUUUAAUAUUAGACAGUCGUACGGCCAGGUGAUUAUAAGAGAGAUUUGUACCGAUGUAGAUGAGCCUGAAUAAGGUUCGUGGAAAGCUCAGAGCCUGGUCCUGGAACCAGGAUUUAUCAUGGACUCGAGGACUAACCAGGGUUUACGUUCGUAUAGUAUGUAAAUAUAUAAGCGGCGUCCAAUUAUUAUUUAGGUUACUAUUUCGCGUACGUGUGAAACGCUACCCAUUGUCAUUUCGAGCGAGAUUAAUCGAUUUUUUCGAACGAUCUUUAUCACACCAGAUCUGAUUUUCGUUUCAAUGGACACAAGGUCGAUAGAAUCUCGCGAAACUUCAACUCCGACGAGUUAGGUUAUUAUCAAGGUCUGUGUGUGAUAGGUAUCGUUCGAUUCUUUCUCGUCGCGGUAACUGUGAACCCGUGACGUUGUAAAUAUCACUGACUUGAAGAGUCCAGGCCAGAGUCACGUGCCUCUAGGCUACGCCCCAUCUCCUUUUUGUUUCUUCGCCUCUUUUUACGAGAGACAUUAAUCGACCGUCAGAAAGUGUACGUAACGAAGAUCAAGUAUGAGUCGAUGUGACUGGCCUCGACGAUGAGUUUCUUUCACUGUUUAAGUACAUCAUCAAAUAAAGUAAUAUCAUCCGUUCCAUGAAUGACCAUCUUCUUACGCAGCAUUCUCUUCGACACCAGCCUGGUCUGGUCUUCAAAUAGUAAGUACUGCUUUUAUCUGUUAAGCCCUGAUAUUUUACGUAAUAACUCGUUGAUUUUACAAGAUACAUAUUUUAGA